AUGGUGUUCAGAGACUUCCCUUUCUUGACCCCGGACGAGUUUUCCGAGGUGUGCCAUCACUUCGACAGCCAAUAUUGCCGCGCAACACUGGGUCCCUUGCGGCAACGCUGGAAGCUGAGGGUGUGCACGGCCCUCGACACAACGUUUGCCUCUGGAGUUGAAUACACGACAUAUUUGCAGAUCAUCCGGCCGCUGGAGACGACGCUAGACUGCGGGGAUCUCUCCUCAAUUCUGGACAAGUUUUCUUUCAUGAAUGGCAGUUCGGAAAGAGACGCACUUGGACUGGACGAUGAGGCUAUGAUUGAUGCCGAGGAGUCUGACGAGGCUGCUCUCGCGAAACCCCGCGUGCCAGACUCGGGACACGUUGUCUAUGAAGUGCACCUGCAUCCUACGUAUCGGAUGCCGUGCUUAUGGUUUACGUUGCACGGGCUGCCAGCCGACGAGCCCGCCUUCAACCUCGACACUGUCUUCCGGCGACUGGUGCCCGAUCAGUUCAAGGAUGCCCUGCGGAGGACCGGCGGCAUUGGAGGGAUCUCCGGCGACCACCACCCCCUCACGGGACUACCCUCAUUCUUUAUCCAUCCAUGCCUUCUCGGAGACGCCAUGUCGGGCUUCAACUGCUCCAAAGAGCAGUAUAUGAUGCUAUGGCUCGGCCUGGUCGGCGGAUGCGUGGGGCUCUGGGUGCCUAAAGAGAUGGCCAUGAUGGAUUCGACCGGCUGA